GAAAGCUCCAGUGUACAGACGUUCAAAUGUGUAAUCAACUUGCUGAACACUGUCCCGGUCAGCUGGUUCAUCUUGGAAAAUGUCGACCUCGACUCGGAGCCGGACGGGAACCUAGACCUCAUCAUGAAAGCGCUGUCAUCCUCCGGAUUUGGCACGCAUGCUGACGGAUACCAGGUGAAGGCCUUCAAGAUUUUGACGAGCGAUUACGGACUCCCUUCUCGGCGAAUACGACUCUACUUUGUAGGAGUCAGUCGCAGCUCAUUUCCACAGUUCAGCAUGAAAUGCGUUGAGCGGAACCUCAACAUGUUCACGCUGAAGUGCCAGCCACCGGACGCUGAGGACUUUAUGCUGGAUGAUGACAGUGCGACAGGCUACGCGAGCAUCGUCGACUGGCGGCGCUGA